AUGCUGCUGCUUCUGCUCCCCACGGCCCUUCUUCUGCCCCUCGGGGCUCAGGCUGGGGAGAUCAUCGGGGGACGGGAAGCCCGGCCCUACUCCAGACCCUACAUGGCCUUUGUGGAGACAAAGACGGGGCCAGAGAGCACCACUGAGUGUGGGGGAUUCCUGGUGCAAGAGGAUUUUGUCCUGACAGCUGCGCACUGCACGAACGCGCCCACUGUCGUCAUCCUGGGAGCCCAUGACCUCAGCCAGAAGGAAAGGACCCAGCAAGUGAUCCAAGUGCGAUGCAAGAUUCCCCAUGAGGACUUUGAUAGGACAACCUUGGAAAAUGACAUCAUGCUGCUCCAGCUGGAGCGCCGAGCUGUACGGAACAACGCGGUGAAACCCAUCCCUCUGUCCCCGGCCAGCUUCCUGCUGAAGCCAGAGGCCAUGUGCAGCGUGGCCGGCUGGGGCCGUACCGGUGUCCACAUGGUGCGUCCUGCCACCAGGCUCCAAGAGGUGACCUUGAAGAUGGCUGAUGACAAGCAGUGCGAACUCUUCUUCAACUCCUUCAACCGGACGUCCAUGAUCUGCAUGGGGAACAUCAAAAGGAAGCAGUCAUCGUUCAAGGGUGACUCCGGGGGCCCACUGGUGUGCAAUGGGCUCGCCCAGGGCAUCGUCUCUUACGGGAAAAACAGUGGCCUCCCACCUGCCGUAUACACGCGUAUCUCCACAUUCAUCCCUUGGCUCAGGAAAAAAAUGGGAAGGGAGUAG